CUGUCAUCUCUCUUUUCGACAUCACUUCCAAAUGGCACAGCAUACCAUUACAUCUCCUACAAUUGACAAGGCGCUGUCUCCUCCCCCCCACACUCCUCAGAAAACUCCGUACCCUCCUCAAGUCGUUGCGGAGAGGACGACAGCAGUAUCAGACUCCGAGCAGGACACCCCGUUGGUCAGACGAGCUCGACGCUACAAUUCUCAGCGUACUGCGUCCAAUAAGGAUUUUUUUCGACUGGACAACAUGGCUCAACAGCAGCAACAGCAACAGCAACAGCAACAGCAACAGCAACAGCAACAGCAACAGCAACAGCAACAGCAACAGCAACAGCAACAGCAACAGCAACAGCAACAGCAACAGAGGUUGCAACAACAACAACAGUUACAGCUACAGCUACAGCUACAGCGGCCGCCAUCUACUCAGAGCCUUCUGAGGCGCCAAGCUCAGUCCUCUAUGGGCCAGUGCCGAGAUAGAACUCCCAUGUCUUCUUAUACAUUUGCGUCAAUAAGUGCGCGUGCAGGCCCGCCUGGAGCACCCUCUACACUUUCUGAAAUUCUUCCGCGUCCCCCAUCGGCUGAGAGUACAUAUCGAUCACCACCUUCUCAGGCUUUAUCACUUCCAAACGACAUGCGCCUGCCAUCGCCUGUCACCUCAACUAUGCCAUCUCCUUCUCCGUCGUUUUCAUCCCCGAUUCUCCCUUCAGCAACCAUCGAUACGCCCUCCAGUAACUCCGUUGGUCGAAGGAAGCCUACUCGAGACACGAGAGGCAAAGGGAAAGGUCACGUCUUUACACCAGAACAGAAGACCUAUAUUGCUGAGCUGCUUGCGGAUCCGGAAACUUGGGCACUUUUGGACGGUCCAGACGAGAAAAACAACCACUACAAACCGAAGAUCGAGGUUCGCGAGGGUAUCGCCCAGAAGGUCAACAAAAAAUUCUCCACUGAGGAGAAUCUUGUGAACCUUGACGCCUUUCAGAUCAAGAACAAGAUCGAGACGAUGAAGAAGGUCUGGAAAAGGGCAAAUCAAUUUCUCUACAGAACUGGGAACGGGGAUUUGCCGAGCCAGACACUAAAAGACAACGUCCUCCAGAUUUGCCGUUUCUACUACAUCAUGGCGGACGUGUGGUCCGUGCCAUGGUUUAUAAAUCCCAGAAAGCCCUGCCAACUUACUGGCAACCUAAGCCGAGGCACGUACGACACAACAGGUGACGCAAGCGAGGAGAGCGACGAGCAAGACGCCGCCGUUGAAGAACAGGAUAGCAACACUCUCAAGGAUCGACAGGGAUCAGCAAAACCUGCGCCAUCAAAGAAGUCAAACAGGCGCGGAGAUGACCACCUGGACUAUAUCGGGGCACUUAAGGACAUAUCUGAAGUUGCUACAGUAGCACACGACCUCAAACGUCGAAAGCUGGACAUGGCAGAGAGGAGUUUCGAGACCAGCCGUCUCUCUCAAGAAGCGCAAACCCACAUGCUUGAGAUGCAGAUGAAGAAGAUGCAAGCGGAGAUGGACAACGAAAGAAUAACGAUAGAGGCAGAGAUUGCGUUAAGGAAGUUGAAGGCCGAACAGGAAACCUCAAGGUUACAACUGAAGUUGGUGAAAGCAGAAGCUGAACGCGCAAAAGCAGAAGUUGAACGCGCAAAAGCAGAAGUUGAACGCAUGAAACAGGAAGCAGACAUGACAUGGCUCAGAAUGCGUAAUCGAAGUCCACCAAAAAGCCCAUCAAAGAAGUUGCCUAACGAGCAAUAA